AUGGCAGAAUUUUUACCUAUUGAUUUACAAAAGAUUAACCAAAAAGCAAAAGGUUUUGAUGACAUUGUAAAUUCGAAAUUAAAAGCUUUCAAUAUUUUUAAGACUUUAGUAGAUGAAUGGAUGGCUAAUAAAAAAAAAUUUGCACGAGUAAAUAUUGCCUAUAAAAAACAAUUGAAUGGAAAAGUUGAGCAAAAUAUUGUAGAAGCAGAAAAGAAUGAGUUAAGGAGUAAAUUUAAGAAAGAAGGAAAGGAAUAUGAAGAGGAUAUAAUUGAAACAGUCGGACAAAUCAUAUCUACAAAAUGUAUGCGGGAAUUGAAGGCUGAGAAACCGGUAAACCAAGUGGAUUUGAAAUGGGUGCGUCAACUGUUUGAAAACAUCGACAAAAUGGUCAUUACUAUUGUGGAGAUUGCUGAAAUAUUAUUCCUAAUUGUUUCUGGUGUGGAGUUAAGAAGGGAUGACAUAGAGAAAAAGAAAAAUCCUCCUCCAGAAAGACCUAAAACAAAACAACAGUAUUUCUACGAAUUAAACGGUUUGUUAGGCUGGGAAUUGCUUACCGAAAGUGAAAAAGAAAAGUUUAAAGAAAUGAUUAGAAAAAGUUCUUUGGAAUCUGAUUGGAAAAAGGCUAUUGUUCAAAAAGCCCUUCGAGAAAUUGAAGCCGAAUUAAAUAGUAGACCUAAAAUCAGCGAAAAAGAUAUUAUUGAAACUGAACGAAAACGAGAACUAUUAGUAAUUAUUAAGAGAGUUCAUCAGCAAAAGAAUCAAAAUAAUUUAGAUCAACUUUUAGAGGAGGCCAUUCAACAAAUUAGAGAAGAACUAGAUGAGAUUAAAGAAGCCGCGGAUGUUGGUGAAAUUGAACUAAUUAGAAAAAUUAAUAAAUUACAUUCUUCAAAUUUUUACCGAGAAAAAGGGUCAGAGAUUGAAGCCAUAAAAGACCAACUUCAAACAUUAAAUCCGGAGCAAUUUCAAGAAUUCAUGGAACAAUUAUUAAACUAUCAAGCCAAAGAUAAUGGACUAAAUGAUAAAACAAUUAGUAGAAAUGAUUACCAAGUAUUAGCUUAUGAAAAGGUCAGAGAUAAAGUAGAUAAUUUGCGUGAACAAUUAAACCAAAAACUUGACAUGGAAGAACCAGAGGAAGAGCAAACUUCAUUGCCAAAAUGGUUCUGA